ACAAAACAAAGAUGGCGGCUGUCCUGCCGGUUGAGGUGAUCGCCCACGUCAUGCGGUUCCUGAGUGUUGGGGACAGGAAGGCGGCAGCUCUGGUAAACAGACAAUGGUAUGAGGCAUCUCUCGACCCUGCUUUACAAACGAACACCGUCUUCCACCUCCUCACCCCCUUCACCACCGGGUCAACCGUCCAGAGCUUUGGACUGAGAAAAAGUCCCCAUCUCAUCUUAAAUGACAUGGACGGUUCGUCGAAAUCGAAGGAGGUCGUCCAGAAAGCUUGCCAACACCUUGGGCAGCAUCUACAGAGCCUUUCCUUGAAGGGGUCGGAUAUAACGGAAGCAACGUUCAUGGUCAUCGUUCCUCACUGCUGCAAUCUACGAAAACUGGACCUCAGUUCCUGCAACAGUCUGUUCCUGUCUGGAAACUUGCUCCGGAAAGCGGAAGAUUUGAAAUCGGCGGAAAAAUCGUUGGUGAAUGUCCGGGAGCUAAACUUGGCGUCGCUACGACACCUCUCGGAUUGCGUGUUCAACAGACUUGUCGGGGUGAUGCCGAACGUUGAGAAACUGUCGUUGUCUGGAUGCACUGUCUCGUACGAGUUCAACCCGUACGCCAAAGGGUCGCAAACGCGAGCGUCGACCUCCGUCCUCACCUUCAUUAACAUCAAAGCAUUCCUAGAACAGCAAGGGAAGAAACUGGCGAGCUUGGAUUUGAGCAAAACCGCACUUCCGGGCAGUUCACUUCGAGAGCUAGCCACGGUACCCGGGCUCGCGAUACGGGAACUGAACAUCGCGGGAAACAGGGACCUAACCGACGAUGACAUCUUACGCUUAGUGAAGCGGCAGACGAGUUUGACUUCUCUGAAUGUUUCCAUGUGUGGGGAGCUCACAUCUGAGACUGUGCUGCACAUUCAGACAUACGUUCCACAAAUGCAGUAUCUGAACUUUUCUAAGUGCAGACGUAUGCGAGACAGCGCCGCUUCCAAACUGUACACCCUGCCGGGUCUGCGAUACAUCAACUUUGCAGAAUGCCCACAGAUUUCCUCCAAAGCGCUCAUCGCCGGCCUAUCUUCGAAACCCAUGCCGUACCUCACGUCUGUCUGUCUCGCCCACUGUACGCUCGUACGCGAUGAGUUUGUCGAAGCUCUCGGCAAGUCCGUGCCGCAUCUCCAAGAGCUUGAUUUAACCUCAUGCCUUGCGAUAACAGAUCGUAGCGUGCACGCCAUUGCCGCGUUCUUACCGGAACUGAAACGGCUAAGUCUAGCGUGGUGCAAGAAUGUCACGGACUAUGGAAUUCUUGGUCUGGAGAAGCCUGAGGAGGUAGGUGAUGAGGGGCGUCUGUGUGAGUUGACUGGCGGGAGGUUUUCUCGCAACUUUGGCACCAUUGGCUUCUUCAGCCCUCCCUCUGCUGCUGAGGUGUCUGUGUGUAAGAUAACCCAGGAAGAAGCCCUGGCCGUGUUAGCCCAGCAGGAUGCUGGGAUGCCGUCUGGGCUGCAGCGCCUGGCAGGUCUGCGUGUGCUGGACCUCAGCACCUGCCAGCAGCUGAGCGACCUCGGAAUCACCUGCGCUAUCAGGUUCAGGGAGCUGGUGUGCUUGAGACUGAACAUGUGCACAGGGCUGACUGAUCGCAGUCUGGUUUCCAUAGCAACCAAUGUGCCUAGCCUGGAGGAGCUGUCCAUCAGCCAAUGUCACCAGGUGACAGAUGACGGGGUGACAAAAGUGGUGAAACGUCUGCAGCGCCUGACGUUCCUGGACGUAUCGUGUAACGACAGGCUGACCAAUCACACGCUGGCGUCCAUCGGUCAGCACUGCCGCUGUCUGCAGAAACUGGACGUGUCCCUGUGCAGCCAGAUGUCCCAUGAUGCACUGGACAAGCUGCAGUACCGGCUCCCCCACCUGGUGUCUCUUCAGUCACGGCUCGUGUUGUGAGACCAGUAGUCAAUAAUUAUGUCACUUUUAUACACUAAAAGUGUAGCAAAACUGAAACAUUUUGGGGGCGAAUAGAAGUGAAUCAUACCAGGGCUAUCAACAAUCCAUGCCUUUUCUGUAAGCAAAGGAUUAUGAAUUGGUAGAGAUACAUGUAGUUAUG